GGUCGUUGGACAACAACUCAGCCGACCUGUUCUCCAACAUCACCUGCAAUGAGUCCAGCAACAGUUCAACCUCCUGCUCUCUUUCUGACAGCCAUGUUUGGGCCGGGAGUCCGUAUAAAACUCUGGAGAUGUUUUUUAUCGCUCUGGUGACGGGAUCUCUGAGCUUUGUGACUGUAACCGGAAACAUAUUGGUCAUGCUGUCCAUAAAGGUCAACCGCCACCUACAGACGGUCAACAACUACUUUUUGUUUUCACUGGCCUGUGCUGACCUGAUCAUCGGCGUUUUCAGCAUGAAUUUGUACACAGUCUACAUCAUCGUGGGCUACUGGCCGCUGGGGCCGGUAGUCUGCGACCUGUGGCUCGCUUUAGAUUACGUCGUCUCAAACGCCUCUGUGAUGAACUUGUUGAUCAUAAGCUUUGAUCGCUACUUCUGCGUGACCAAGCCGCUGUCGUACCCGACCAGAAGGACAACCAAGAUGGCGGGGUUAAUGAUCGCCGCGGCGUGGAUCCUGUCAUUCAUCCUGUGGGCUCCGGCCAUCUUGUUUUGGCAGUUCAUUGUUGGAGAGCGAACUGUGCCACCCGGAGAAUGCUACAUUCAGUUCCUGUCUAACCCCGCGGUGACCUUUGGGACGGCCAUAGCCGCCUUCUACCUGCCCGUCGUCAUCAUGACCGUCUUAUACAUCAACAUCUCCUUGGCUUCCAGGAGCAGAGUCUCCAAACACAAACCUGAGAAGAAAGAGAAGAAGGGAAUAAAAACUCCCAACAUCAUAAAGAGUCACCUGAUAAAACAAAACAACAACAAUGACACCAGCCCUCAAGCGAGCCCUCGCUCCACCCCCAAGGCCAGCCUGGACUCAACCACCACAGCGCUGGAUGGUGUAAAGAAUGGCAGAGUGGAGGAGCAAAAACCCUCCCAGCCGGAAGCCGCGGGACAUCCCAGUCCAAGACUCGCACAGGAGGAAAAAGAGAGCCCCAACGACUCGUCGACUGCGUUUAUCCCUCCAGGCGCUGCAACCAAUCCAGUUGUCACGACGACAUCCAACUCUGCCAUCCCCAAGAUCAACGCAUCUUCGAGGUGGUCCAAGAUAAAGAUCGUAACGAAGCAGGCGGGCGACGAAUGCAUCACGGCUAUCGAGAUCGUCCCACCAGUGGAGGGAGCGGAGAGGCGUUCCAUCCCAAUUAGCCGACCCAGAACCGUGGCGAGAAAGUUUGCAAGCAUCGCAAGAAGCCAAGUCAAGAGGAAAAGACAGAUGGCUGCCAGAGAAAAGAAAGUAACCAAGACCAUCUUCGCCAUCCUCCUGGCUUUCAUCAUUACAUGGACGCCUUAUAAUGUCAUGGUGCUGAUAUCCACCUUCUGUCAGUCCUGCGUGCCUGACACGGUGUGGGCCAUCGGCUACUGGCUGUGUUAUGUCAACUCCACCAUCAACCCAGCGUGUUACGCACUGUGCAACGCCACCUUCAAGAAGACUUUCAAAAACCUGCUGCUGUGCCAGUAUAAAAAUAUAGGUACAAGAUGA